AUGACUUCUACACCGUGUAUUGGGAAUGAUUGUUUGCCAAGGGUAUCUGGCGAUAAUGCUUCUGAUUGGCAGCUGCAAGAUAAUAUUACAAACAAGCCAGGGGGUAUAGACGGAGAGGUUUGGCUGUCGAGGGACGGUCUGCGCGUGAAGUGGUGUAUUGAAGAUCAAUGCAUACGUCAGUUUGCUUAUAACCAGAAGAUCAUCAAAGCCGGCUAUAUCGACUUCGAAAAGACGUCGGACUGUUUCGUGGUKGUACUAUCUGAUAUUGCGCAUGUAUAUUUCCUGCCCAAGGGCAAUGCCACGACGGUGUGCUUCCCAUUUUUGAUCGGAAAUGCGUUUUGGUACGCUAAUGGAGUGAUCUUGGAGAGAGACACUUCUGCUUUCUUCAUGGAUUGCUCUACUGAUUGUAAGCCCAUGGACUUCGAUUUGAAGCAUAAAUACAUCACUUUAACGGAUCCAAUGACUCCUUUUGGCCUUAUUUCCAUCUCAAAUACUUACAAGGGUGGUAUAAAUAGCGCUUCUGGUAAUAAAAGCGAUGGUUUACAGGACUUGCAACUUGUGCUCUUCCCCAGCGACAAGGAAAAAUACAUAGCAGUAUUUUUAGAYCGGAAUUCUAAAAUUUUACGGUUUUAUUAUAGCAGAGUUUUAUCAUCAGAUCAGUCACGAAAAGGAGAGCUAACGACCUCUUCGACAAAGAAGAGCGGUUUGGACACCGCAAGUAAUAGCCAUAAGACUAACGGAAUUACUAAGAACCUACGCAAAUUCUCACUUCUGACGCGUAGGACAGCAUCCAUAAACUCCAGUUCACACGAUUGCAAUGCAACUGAAAGGGUCCUUAGCGGCACUCUAGGCAACGCCCCAAACAGGACAGAUAUUUUCGCUCUUCCGUCUUCAUCUUCAAGAAGAAGCCUAUCGGCAACCCUAGAUAGAAUGGGGAACAAUAUCGCCAUGAAUAAUAGAGCUACUCCUUCACCCUUUUUCGAUUUCUCCACAAACGCUGGGGCUCAUUCAAAUAUCACCCCAGUAUCACAACCUAUGCAACAGCAACAGCAGGAAUAUUUAAAUCAAACAGCAUCUUCCUCGAAGGAUAUCGUUUUAACAGAAAUAUCAUCUAUGAAACUACCGGAUGAUAUUAUAUUCACUUCCCAAAGCUUGAGCUCUAUAUUGAGCACCUUGAAGUUUUUGUCUUUGAGAUUUGGAAGUCAAGAAGCGCUUUUAAUAUUUCAUGAGCCCACUCAUUUUUGCAAAAUCUGGUUAAUUGAUCUUUUACCAGAUGUAUUGGAUUCUAUUCCAUUUAAAAUAUACGGGAACUCGCCGCAAAACAUGAUUAGGCUAGAAAAUCUAAAACUCAAAGACCCAUCAAGAAUAAAGACUAUAAAUAUACAUAAGCGUCUUAACGGGUGCCUGAUUAUAGUAUUACAAGAACCGAAUGGGGGAGAAUACGAGUCAUUUUUACACAAUCCAUUUAUUAAAAUAUCAUCGCCUUUAUUAACUGUUUCCAAAGAGCUUACUGAAAAAAAUCUGGUCCCUUGCUUACAGCAAUCGUUCCCAUAUCCUGAGACUAGCUUCACUAAGCUUUGUUUCGAAGCUCUCAAGUAUAUCACCCCCCCUGCAUUUAACAUCUCAUUCAUAUUUAUAUGGCAAUUUGCAUAUUCACUGCUACCUUCAAGGAUUAGUAGUGAAGUUGGAAGCUUAAAACUAGAGCAUGACGCUUUUUCAUUAGUCCUUUCCUUAUUGAUUUUGCAGGUACCUGGUUCUUCCACUCAGGAAUAUAAAGAUUAUAAAGAAAUAUACGAACACGAGCUGUUUCGGCAAUUAAAGCGGGAUCCGGAAACAACCAACUCUGUUCUACCGAAGAUUGUUAUCGGAUUGCAUUUGAUACGAGAGGAAUACUCCUUAAAUAUCCUGUGUCGCACUGAGUAUGCAUUGUUGGGGCAAUUUCUUAGCUUUGCUACCGCCGCUAUGGGCUGGCCUGAUCUAUGGCAAAGGUAUUACUUACCAAAUACGGAUCUAGAAUCGAAAAGCCAACUACUCCCAAGCGAACGAAACUCAGCUUUUGUUCAUCCGCUAGAUGAACCGCCCUCGAUUACAAAAUCAUUAUACAGUAUAACGGAAAACAGUUCAAUACCGUUAUGUCCAUUCAUUAGUUUCUCGAGGCUUGCAGCAACAGACACUCAAGUUGAAUUGCGCAUCACUCCGAGAAGUUUCAAAAUUUUGGGGCUAUAUGAACUAGUGCACUCCGCUAAUUUUUUACCGGACUAUAUUUUAGGUAUUCUUUCCAGUUUGAAAAUAGAAGAAAACGAAUUCCAAACUUAUCCUUUAGGCAUUUUGGUUCCACUACAAAAUAUCUUGAAAAUAUUGGAAGAUAAGCUAUCUCAAGUUCAGGACAAUUUAGAGUUGCUUGAUAGGGCAGAUUUACAAAGAUGCAGUGCAAUAAUCAAAGGCAUAAAAAAUGAUUCUCAGGAAAUUAUUAAAAGAGGCCAAAAAGAUGGUUCUAUAUCGUACAAGCUACCGGUCACCAGGAAUAGAGGCUCUUUACGUAAGAAACCCAAUGAUAUCUUUACAGUAUUAUCCGAGAUUGUGAAAUGUGCAAGUCAAGUUCCACUGGAUGGAUCUGCUAUGAGGAUGUCAAACAUCGAGGACGAUGAGGAUAUCGAUGAGGGGCGUUCGCUCAAACUAAAUGCAGGGCUGAUAUUUUCAGAAGAUAAAAGAUUUAGCCAUGUUGUAUCAUUAUUAGCCUAUUAUAGGCCUACGCAGACGCAAUUUUUCACCACUAAGACAGAGUAUGCCCAAGUGCUAUCCCAAAAGAAGUAUUUUGCUAAAAUAAUGGCGUUAAGAACUUGUACGAAUGGUAUAGGUUGGGGUGCUGUGGCAUACGCUACAGAAAAACCAAUAUCCACCCAAAAAUGGGUGGUCCAGCCUCUCAAUAUGAUUUCAGUGUUUCCUGAUGACACAAAAAUAGCUGUAAAGGUCCCAGAAGAUAUUGGUCAUGAUAUUGCUAAGUGGGGGCAGUUUCAUGCCGGGGUUAGUUCUGGUCUCCGUAUAUCUAAGAAGGCAAGUGGUAUCACAGGAAGUUGGAUUGCGUUUAAUAAACCGAAAGAACUAGAUGCAUACCAUGGUGGUUUCCUUUUUGGUUUGGGACUUAGUGGACACUUGAAGAAUUUAGAAGAAUGGCACAUAUACAAUUACCUUAGUCCCAGAAAUACUCAUAUAAGUAUUGGAUUACUUCUCGGGAUGAGUUCAAGUAUGAAAGGCAGUAUGGAUUCGAAACUAAUAAAGGUUAUCAGUGUGCAUCUGGUUGCAUUUCUGCCUAGCGGGUCUAGCGAUCUAAAUAUAGAUCUAAAAUUACAAACCGCUGGUAUUAUAGGAAUGGGUAUGUUAUAUCUCAACUCAAGACACAAGAGAAUGAGCGAUUCAAUUUUUGCACAACUUGUGUCACUACUUAAUGUCAACGAUGAACUGGUCGCUGAUGAAGAGUAUAGGUUAGCAGCAGGCAUAUCAUUGGGUCUUAUUAAUUUGGGAGCUGGGCAAAGGAAAUCAAAUAAGUGGGAUUCAUCUUUACUGAGGUUGGGAAAUUAUCUUUCGGAAGAUAUUUAUGACUCAAAUGAUGUUGAGCAAAAUGAAAUGUAUGAAGAACUUACUACAAAGUUAUUGGAUAUUAUCACCAGUACAUAUGAUGUGGAAAAGGAUUGGAUACCAGAAAGUUCACAAAUUGGUGCGGUGAUUGCGAUUAUGUUUUUGUUCUUGAAGACAAACAAUUUUGAGAUUGCCGAUAUACUGAAAGUUGACUUAAAUGCCACUUCAAAAUUAAACAUCAGUUCCCGUCCGGAAUUAUUAAUGUAUCGAGAAUGGGCAUCCAAUAUGAUUUUAUGGGACCAUAUAGGUGAUGACCUGUUUUUCAUCAUGAAAGAUAUCGACAUCGGUGAAAAAUAUGGUGAACUUAAUACGGAUUUACUUCCUUUCUACUAUACUAUGGCAGGAAGAAUUUUAGCUGUGGGUAUUAGAUUUGCUUCUACGGGAAAUUUGAAAAUCCGCAAUGUUCUUCUAUCCCUUGUUGAUAAAUUUCUGCCCUUUUAUCAGUAUCCUGGGAGACAGAAUCUUGACUUUAGGUUGACGAUUUCUGUUAUUAAUGUUUUAGUAAACGUCAUUAUUGUGUCUUUGAGUAUGGUUAUGUGUGCUAGUGGUGAUUUGGACGUCUUGAGAAGAGUUAAAUAUCUGCAUGAAGUUGUAUCUGGGCCACAUUCUGACUUAUUUCGAGCGAUUCCCACUUCUAAAAGUGGCGGAGACGCAUCUCAGGUAAACUCAAUUGUUAACACACCAGAAAAUAAUGACUCUGAUGAGAGAAAUGAUGAAACAAGGACUUCUUUGGAUGAUGAAAGAUCAGUGAAUGGUAGUGACAUUAGUGACCCGACAGCCUUUUUAGAAGAUAAAAAGGAUAUGGAUGACCAUUAUGGUAAAUUUAUUUCUACAGAUCUAGCAUUAGGUUUUCUUUUUCUUGGUUCUGGACAGUACGCUCUCAACACUUCUACUUUAGAAUCUAUCGCCUUCUUAAGUAUGUCAGUUUUACCCACAUAUACAACUCCGCAUCCCUUGCAAGAGCUGAAGCAUUUCUGGAGCAUGGCUGUAGAGCCUCGUUGUCUUGUUAUCAAGGAUAUUUCUACUGGCGAUCCGGUGAAUAACGUUCCUAUUCAGUUGGUGGUUGAAAAAGACAUUGAAAAGGAUGAAGUGGUAAAGGAGAUGUCAACACCAUGCCUACUUCCCGACUUUUCUAAGAUCAAAUCUAUCAGGGUAAAAAAGCAUGAUUACUUUCCAUUGGAAAUUAAUUUCACUAAAGAUUUGUCAGCUUCUGAUUUUUUUAGUAAUGGAACCAUUAUUUAUAUACAAAAAAAAUCACAAAGUGCUUUCGAGGAUAGGACUUCAUAUAAGAACGCAGAGGACAUUCAUGUUGCGCUCAAGAAAAAGGCAACAGAAGCUAAAAGUUCGAAGCUUACUCCCAAAAGGAGGCAUGGGAGUUCCUUUUCCUCACAACUCAUAGAAAGUUUGGGUAUUCAAGAUUUGACAAUGGUGGAACUUGAUGGCAUUUUUAAUGCAGAAAAUAAUACAGCAUUGACGGAUUCUGAAUCAUAUAAUCUAGGUUUGCUUUGUUCGGAUAAAAACAGUGGUGACGUUUUGGAUUGUCAGCUCGAACUGUGGAACAAAAGUUUUGGGCCGCAUGCUGAUUAA